AUGGCCGAGUCUGUAGCACAUCUGGGGACUAGACCAACAUCCUGUGACAGCUGUGAAGCAGUACCUUCCGUAACUUACUCAGAAUCAACUGAGAGAAUCACUGCGAACGAUUCUGAAUUCAUGCUAUCAUGCUCAUCACAGAAUCCAGCCGGAGGUUCCAAUCUCAGAUCUCGCGACGAUGAGACCGUUGUCUCAGCGUUCUGUACUGGGGAGACAACCAGCCCAUCACCUCCAGGUAACCACGCCGUAUCUGAUCUCUCUAUGCGACACGUGUUCCCCAAAGCUGGAAGUCCCUCACGUCAUGUUGCUCAGAGAGUACCAAAUCACACGUUUUCUAUCAGAAACAUCCUGGGUGACGUCACGUUGCCGAUGUCGGACAGAGUUUCGUGCACGGACAGACCUUGUAGCCCUUAUCUAAUUGUAUCGGACACAUCGGCACAGCCUUCUAGCAGCUCGCCAGAAGCGCCAAAUAAUGCUAACGUCAACCAGCCACCGGAUACAAACUUUCAUUCAGGUGACCGCCGGAAGCGUCCUCGAACAGCCUUCACUGCUGACCAGGUGAAGGAGUUGGAGAGGGAAUUCCAGGUGAACAAAUAUCUUUCGGUGUCGAGGAGGGUGGAGUUAUCACAAGCCCUGGGACUCACUGAGACUCAGGUGAAGAUAUGGUUUCAAAACAGACGAACAAAGUGGAAGAGAAAGUACGCGAAUGAGUUAGGAUUUUGGCACCCUGGUUUCGGUUCUCUGGGUUGCUUGCAGCCUCCCUCCGCGCCACUCCUCUCCCACAGUUGCGGCCUCACUCCCUGGCAUUCCACCGUCACUCCCAUCUCCUUCGCAAGAGUACCGUACAUCUCCACACAACUCUUUAAUCAUAUCAAACAACGGGGAGCCAUGGCACCGGUAGCAAAUGGAACCAUAUUCAGAGAUUGGAUUCCUAAACAGUAA